GGUUAGGUUGUUUACUUUGGACAGUAGUAUUGUAAUAAAUAUGGUUUUCGCUGAUGACAAGUUAUUUCCGCGUGGUGGAAAUGAAACGUCGACUCAUACAAACCUACGGAGGAAUAGUACCUUUCAGUUAUUCUCAAGGAAGCCCGCAACAACAAUCAAGCGGAAACGUGGCGGCAAGAAAAAAAAGAAGCGAGGCAACACAUUUGUCCCAGAUGAGGAGCGUGUUAAGAAUUUAAGCUACAAGGCUCUGGUGGAAGGAAUGGUCAUCCUGGGCCGCGUGCGCAGAGUGGACCCCACCUGCCUGUCGGUCUCGCUGCCCGGCCACAUCUGCGGCCGGCUGUCUCUCGACGAUGUCUCCAAGCCCUAUUCUAAAGCCUUGCAAGAACUGGCUCGGAACACAGCCUCUGCCGAGGUGCAGGAAGUGUGCUACCCGCUGGAGCGGAUGUUCCAAGCGGGCCAGCCGCUGGUGGUGCGGGUGGAGGCGCUGGGGCCCGCCGGGAACGACGUCCGGCUGACCGCGGACCCCGGCCGGGUGCAGGGCCACUGGACCCGCGGCAUGCUGCAGGCGGGCGUGGUGCUGGUGGCGGCCGUGCGCAGCGUCGAGGAGCACGUCUACGUCAUGGACGUGGGGCUGUCUGCCGCCCGGGCGUUCCUCAAGAGGCAGUCCGUGCGUGGGCAUGAGCGGGCGUGGGCCGCGAGCCAGCCCCUCGGUGUGGGCCAGGUGCUACGCUGCAUCAUCGUGAAGGCCGAGGUGGAGUCGACGUCCGUCACGAUAGAACUGUCCGCAGACCCUCGGCUUGUGAACGCAACUGUACCGACGGAUUCUUUAGCGCUGGAUUCGUUGAUUCCAGGCACGCGCUGCGAGGUCGCUGUGACAAAGGUGCUGCGCGAGGGGCUGGAGGUGAGGGUGACGGACGGCGUGACGGGUCACGUGCACCGGGACCACCUGCUGGACCCAGCGGCCGGCCUGGACGGCUACGACGAGGGGCAGGAGUACCCCGCCACGCUGCUGUACGUGGUGCCCACCGUGGGCAUGCCCUACCUGUCGCUGCUGCCCGGCGCGUGCCCCUCGCGGCCGGCCGAGCUGCCCCUCGAGCUGCUGCCCGUCGGGACCACGGUGGACGGCUGCGCGGUGAUCAGCGCGGACGGGCGAGGGAUCGUGCUGCGGCUCGGGGACAAAGCGCGCGGUCUCCGAGGAUACGUGUCUCGCCAGCGCGCUCUGGGAGCAGACGACACGGACCCAGCGCGGACAUGGGCGAGGGAGCUGGGCUCGAAGUUCGCCGUCGGCACGCUCCACCGCUGUCGCGUCCUCGACUACGACUACAUGGACCAGGUGUACAUUUGCUCCACAGAAAGUAAUGUAUUGGAAGCGCAGUUUAUCCACCCGUCCAGCGUGGCGGCCGGCCAGCACGUGUGGUGUGAGGUGGCCAGUCUCGGGCCUACGUUUGUGACUGUUUCCGUGCUCGGCGAAGAGGACAGCGAUUACAGAGCGUUCACGGCGAUCGUGCCGGUACACCACUUGUCCGAUGAUCCCCUCGGCCAACCAGAAGACACGUAUCGCGUGGGCUCGCGCUGGAAAGCAAGGGUUCUCUCAGUUGAAGACCUGAAUGUGAAACUAACCCUGAAGCCUUCUCUCGUCUCCUCGGAGCUUCCAGUGUUGGCUUCGUACGAAGACGCACAACCGGGAGAGUGUUACGACGGCACUGUUAUUAGAAUCCUCGAGAAUGGCCUGCUGAUAAAGUUUUAUGGGGACGUUGCUGGUUUCAUUCCACGAUCGCGGAUCACCAGAGAUGACGACACCGAACUGGGGAAAAUGUUUCACGUUGGGCAGAUGGUCAGGUGUUACGUUUUGUACGUGAAACUGGAACAAGAGGGUUUGUUCCUGACUUUGGAACCACCGUCAUCGGAAACAGAGGUGCAGGAUUUGUCACAGCCACCUUGUGAAGAGGAGGAGGAAGAAUAUGAAGGUGAUGAAGAAUAUGAUGAAGAGUUCGAAGAAGAAGUGGAGGAUGCCCCGGGGAUCGAAGCCGAGGAAAGCUGCAACUUGUUGCGCGUCGGCCAGCCGUACAGGAUGCGCGUCACCGAAGUGAAGGAAGACCGUUUGCUGGUGUCGGGGAAGUUCGAGGAUGGCUCUGCGUGGUCGGGCGAGAUCCCAGCCCAGCACUUGACGGAUUGCUCCUCGCUGGCGGAUUCGCUGCUGGGAAUGUUUUCUGCUGGCAAAAGGUUGAACGCGUUUUGCUGGAGUGCGAAAGAACCCAUUAUUUUUACUAAACGUUCUUCAGCCAUUGCGUUUUUCAAGGAUGCCCGGAACGCGGGCGUCAUCAGAAGGGGCUUGACAGCAGCGAAGGCAGGGCAGUUGCUCCCGUGCUCUGUUGUGUCCGUGGACUCGGCGGGCAAGAUGCUGCUGCAAGUGCCUGUCGCCGACGCCUCGGAGCCGCUGCGAGCCCCUCUGCAGGACCUGGGGGCUGUGAAGAAUUCCAUGAUCCAACCUCACAAGGGUCUCAUUGGCUGUGUUAAAUUAUCCCAUCGGAAGAAACGCCAGCUGAGUGUAAAAUUGUCGGAUGUUUGCACCAACGUUUCUGAGAGUGCUUUGGAAGUUCUAAUCUCAUACCUUCAUAACCUCGAUUUCAUCCUGCGUCGUCGGAAGACCGGUGGCUCUGCUCUGACCGGCUUUGCACCGGGAGAGGAAGUCAGUGGCACCGUGAAGAAAGUCUCGGACGCUGAAGUCGUCCUGAAGCUGAAACGUUCAGGUGCAACCUGCUCAGUGCCGCCGUCCCACCAGCCCAAAGAGAGCUUGAAGACGGGAAGCAAGGUGAAGGCGACUGUGCUAUUCACGGACCCAGUCACGGGGAAAGUCGACGUUACAAUGAAUCCUUUCUUCACGAAGAGGAUAGCAUCAAAACAAGGUGGCAAGCUGCCGGACAGUGCGCAAGUGGGCUCGGAGCUCGCCGCGCGGGUGGUCCUGGCGAGAGAGGAGUUUGUGCUGGUGCUCCUGCCCGGGGCUCGCGGCCGGGGCCGGCUGGCGUACGUCCCCUCGCGCCGCCACAUGAACCAGCUGUCGCCUGACGCCAGCCUCUGCUGCGUGGGGGACAGGAGGCGCGUUGUCGUCAGGCGUGUUAUCAACAACAAGUUGGUUGGUGUAUUCAAAGAAUUGUGCAAAGAAAAUGGCAGUGAAGCAAGUACAAAGUGCAGGAAAAGGCAGAACCUUGAAGCAGAUGAACAGUCCGAUACACACAAGGCAGAGAAACUCAUGAAUGGCAGUAAGGGUAGUAGUGACCUCGGAAUAAACAAGGCGAUAAAGGCGAAGCCAGGAAAAGAUGGCGAUGAACAGCUUACGCCAGAAAUUCCGUACCGUAGCCCCAGGGAGAGUAAAUCAAUUAUUUGCCCCAACAAACAGCUUUCGUUGGGCACCAAACAUGUCAAUGGGUUUAGCGUCAACGAAGAAAAUGAAGAGGAGUUACUUCAUGCAAUUGAAGAUGGUGUAGAAACCAAAUACAAAUUAAAAAUGGAAAAUGUGUCGUUUCAAGACCACAAUGAAAGUGGUGAGUUUGGCGAGGCUGAAACUGUUUCUGAAAACGGUAAAGCAAAUUCAGUGAAGCUUUCAAGCAGCUUGAACAAAGGAGAUAAGUCAGUCAAAUCUGAGCGUUCUGCAUCGAAGAGGAAGAGGAAACGGAAGUCCAGCGUGAAAGAAGACCAGAGUGACUCCAAAGGCAGCGGGGUAGGAGUCGUGAGGUGUGAGCAGAGUCCCGGUGAAGAGCCUUCUGCGUUGGAAGUGGGCUUCGUGUGGAAUCCCACCCCCGGCCAGCUGCCCGCGGUGUCGGGCCAGAAGGCGGCGGAGUCAGACAGCUCCAGCGACGACGAAGCAGAGAGACAGGUGACCAAGAAGAAACGGUUAAGUGCGGCAGAGAAGAAACAGUUGGCGAGACAAGAAGAAGCUCGUAUACGGGACAUAGAGAUGAAGCUGAUGAGCGACUCCGCGAAUCCACAAACAGCUGAUGAUUUUGAUAGGCUGGUUCUAGCAUCCCCCAACAACUCUGCGCUGUGGAUCCAGUACAUGGCCUUCCACUUGCAGGCAACAGAAAUAGAGAAGGCUCGGGCGGUGGCGGAGAAGGCGCUGAAGACCAUCUCGUUCAGGGAGGAGGCGGAGAAGCUGAACGUGUGGGUGGCGCUGCUGAACCUCGAGAACUUGUACGGGACAACGGAAAGUUUAAACAGUGUGCUGAAAGAUGCUGUACAGUUUAAUGAUGCCGAGACGGUUUACCUCAAAAUGCUCCAGAUUUACUGCACCUCUAACAAAGCGCAGGAGGCAGAGCAGCUGGUGAGCCUGGUGUGCAAGAGGUAUAAGCACAGGCAGGAGGCGUGGGUGCAGGCGGGGACGGCCUUAAUGAGGCUGGGGCUGUUCGACAAGGCGCGGAGUCUCCUGCAGAGAGCCCUCGCCAGUCUCGACAAGAAACUGCACGUGCCGACCAUCUGCAAGUUCGCGCAGCUGGAGCAGCAGCUGGGCAGCGCGGAGCGAGCGCAGACGCUGUUCGAGCAGGUGCUGGCCUCCUACCCGCAGCGGGUCGACGUGUGGACCAGCUACGUGGACAUGCUCGUCAAGUCGGGCAGCGUCGACAUCGCCAGGCAAGUGCUGGAGAGGGCAGUGGCGCAGAGGCUGCCGCCGCACAGGAUGAGGACCUUGUUCAGGAAGCACCUGGACUUCGAGCAGCGACACGGCAGCCCGGAGGCCGUCGCCCGCGUCAGGCAGAUGGCCGUCAGCUACGUGCGCGCCGUCACAGACAACCUGCAGGACGACUGAACUGCAAUUGUGAACCAAUAAAGCGUUACCGCGUUUGUUUUUCA